AUGCCCAACCGCCUCGCUGGCAAGACGGCCAUCAUCACCGGCGCUUCGUCGGGCUUGGGUCGUGCCAUCGCUCUUGCAUAUGCUCAAGAGGGAGCACGCGUGGCCUGUGUCGAUUUGUUUCCUACUUUGCGCGACGAGAGAGACCCCGUUACCGGAAAGGCAAGGCUGCUGACCGAGCGGCUGACAGCCUCAUCCGCGGCCGUGCCCACCCACGAGCUGCUGCGCCAGAAACAUCCCGCCAGCGAUGCCAUCUUCGUGCAGGCCGAUCUCACCGUCGCCGCGGACGUGGAACGCGCCGUCGCCCGCGUUGUCGAGGCGUUCGGUCGCUUAGACAUCAUGGUCAACAACGCUGGAAUCAGCGUCGAAAGCAGCCACCCCCGCGUGCUGCGCUGCCACGAAACCCCCGAGGCCGACUACGACAAGACCAUGGCCAUCAACACCAAGGGCGUGUUCCUGGGUUGCAAGUACGCGCUCGCCCAGAUGUUGAGCCAGGAGCCGCUCGAGGGGCAGAAUGAUGACAAAGGCUGGGUCAUCAACACUGCGAGCAUCCAGGGGCUGCUUGCAUAUCACGGCACGCCCGCUUACUGCGCCUCCAAGGGCGCCGUCGUGCAACUGACCAAGCAGAUCGCGCUGGACUACGCGAAAGAUAGGGUCCACUGCAACUGCAUCUGCCCUGGCUUCCUCCGCACGGCCAUGACGGCGAACCACCAGAGUAGCCCGGCUGCGCAGGCCAAAGUCGAUGCGGCGCAUCCGUUUGGCGGCAUGGGCGAGCCCGAAGAUGCCGCCAGAGCGGCUGUUUUCCUGGCGAGCGAUGAUGUCCGAUGGAUCACCGGUCAGCCGAUCGUUGUUGACGGCGGGUACAGCAUUCAGUAG